GCAAUAAAUUAGCGAUAUUUGACGUAUACUCAAUUUCUGUUCGUAUUAGAUUUUUUAGGAAUGAAAAAUCGCGUCGUUGGGAAUCGAAAUUAUUGUUGAUAGACUUAGAUAGCCACAUAUAAUGGAUUUUACAGCUAACAGCAUCAAAACGAGCCAUAGCUUCUACGCAAAUAGGUUGAGAGGUACAGUAUUAGGGAAUACAAAAACAUUUUCUAAAUCUGAUGUCAACUUUUACGAAUCAAGAACAACCAAUACGCAUGAACGGGAGAUACUGAGUGAUAACAGCAGUUGCGGUGAAUAUUACAAAAGAUACGAACAUGAUGAGGUUCCAGUUAAAGACGAUACAUCAAACGACAAUUCAUUCAGGGAAGAUCGCACCUCAAGCGGCAUGAAGGACUCCAUAACGAAUUCCGAUUUAGAUAAAUUAGAAAUGAAAAUACUUAGCACGAUGUCCCAAGAGUUGCAGACAGAAGAAAUGUCCGUUGAAAGCCUCGAAUCAAAUAUUAAAUUAUUCAAAAUAACAGUACAAGAAAUAUUCGAUAACUUUUACGCUAAUUUGCAAGAUUAUGAAUAUUUCAAAAGAAAAUACAACGAAAUUUUAUCUAAAAAUCAGGAAGAUAUAAUUCAAGAGAUGGAAGAUUUUAUAAAAGAUAUGAUUCAACAUAUAAUUUCAUCACAUAAUUCAGCGAUUAGCAGUCAUACGGAAACAAAGGACAAAAGUAUCUCUUUUGAUUUGCCUUCAGAGAGAAGUCCCUUGUCAACGGUAGAAGCAUAUAGAAACCAGAAUUAUUCAACUGAUUCAACUUUUGAUGAAAGUUCUAAUUGUAAGACAAGCUUGAAUAAAAAGGAAGAAACGCUCAACAUAUAUCUACUAACAGGCACGCCCUAUGUAGCAAUCAGAAUGAACAAUCGUAAUUUAGUAUCUGAAAUAAAUGUACGAGAAUCAAUUAUCGAUGAUAUAGAGGGGCAACUGGCUUCUGCUGAGAACAUAAAAAAGAUAGCGGCAAAGAAGUUGCAAUUAGAAAAAUAUGUAACCCAGCAGCGAGUGCAAACCAGAACAGAAAGAGAUAUUCCUAUAAAAAUCUCAAGUGCCAAAAAGGAUAUACCUCUGAAUGAAGAUUUCAUCUACAACAAUAGCCAAGAACAGAGCGUUAAGUCAUUCAUGUCCAAAAUCUGUAAUUACAUUUGCAAAAGAUUCCGAAAAUCUUCUUUUACCUAAAUAUAAAAAUUAAACGAAAAAAUAUUUCAACAAUACUUUAUUGAAGACUAGACAAUUAAAUACAGGAACUAACUACUUAUAUGUCACCAUUAUCUUCAAAAUUGAUUAUAUAAUACCACCUAACCAUUGUAAUGUGUUUACAUAAUUGUACUGCGAACUCCUUUUUCAUAUGUAAGAAGUCCCUGAUCAUUGGCAGGUCUAACAUAAUAAAUGCUUGGCCGUCGA